UAGAAUUGCAAGCAGCUGUGCAGACAGCCAACUCGUUCGAAUAAGAAUGAAUGCAACUACGCAUAAGGAAUUAAUGAAUACCAUAAACUGUGUUUAACUAAAGUUAUUUGGUGCUUGUGUUUGAUUUUGAUUCUUGCGCAAAAUCACGACAUACGUUUGCAUAUAUAAAUAUAUAUUCCGUCUUUAAACACGCUCUUAACACUUCGUUGGGCAACUUUCAAUUGAAGGGAAAGGCAAAGGCAAAGGCAAAAGAAAAAGUGAAAAACAGAAUCAGCAGAGGAAUUUUAUUCACUGCAAACGAUUGGAUCAGCUCGGAAGCAAUUCAAUUUGCUGUGAGUCGUCGUUGACAACAUUCGUUCGCUAUUCGACGUAUCUACUCCGCAUUCAUUCUGCACUCAGAAGAUCAGCAGAGAGUUAAAAAAAUAGAAUAUAUUUAAUCAGAUAUUGGAAAAUUAUUAUUGAAAAUUAUUUGGUAAAAGAUCGGGAGUGUGUCAGAGUUUUCAAUUUCCCUUAUAAUGUGUGAUAGAUUGUGCAAAUUCGAAAAAAGGUAAUAAAUUGCAAGGUGCUUUAAUUUAGAAGCGCAAAUUGACAAAAUUUGUUGUCGCGAAUGUGUUAAUUGCGUUCAUCGGUGUGUGUGAUAUUGUGUGAGCGUAUGUGUAUUUCGCGAACCUCCUUGUAAGUGUGUGUAUUGUGGUCGAUUCUUAUUGCUGCAGGAUUUUCGCUAAUUGAAAAGGCAAAGAAAUCAUAUCCGGAAGUUCAAACAUCUAAAUACAAAAUUCACCAGCGAUAAUAUAAAUUGUGAAGAUUUUUCAACUAGCUAAAAUUGUGAAUAAAAAUAUGUUCGUCAUUGCUUUGAGUUGGUGCUCAGUACUUUGACGUCGCUGUUGUCAGCACAGAAAAUAAUACAAUAACAAAGAAAGUGCAAGGCAGCUGAAAAACAGAAAAAUCAAUCAUGCACUUUUAGUAUAUUUUACAGGCAAUGCAAUAAGCAAAUGUAAGUGAAUAAUAAUAAAAGCAGAGCGGAAAAGAUUGUAAAGCAUAGAAAACAUUGAGGGGAUAGAAGAAAAAUAGAAAGAGAAAAAAACAAAUUCGAUGAUAACGAAGAGCAGAAAAUCGAAGCUUCUUGCAUUUUGCUUUUUCUUCAACUGUAAAACCAGCUGAUAAAAAUUAACAAGCAUUCGAUGUUGGAUAAUAACAUAAUGAAACCAACAAGCCAUAGACGUAUUUAAAAACGGAUCGUUAGAAAAAGUUUUAUUAUAACUUUUCUCGCUUGAGGGUUAUAUGGAGUGCAUUGGCACAAAGUGCGGGGGGUCAAAGCAACUGAGAUACACCAACACAUUCAUUUAAGCUAAUCGGCAAAGGUGCUGUAGCUCCGGUGGCAGUUUGUAGGUGAGAAGUACCAACUAUUCGGAUAAAUAUACAUAACAACCGAGAACGUCUCUAAAAGAAUUUCGUGCAUAUCGGGUAGCAGUUUCACAUUAAUGAAUAAUUGACUGAUAUGAAAAGGUCGCGCAACUUUUUCCAACUACGCAUUUAAUGUGAGAGAAAACGCAGCAACAAAACAAAGAAAGAUAAGCAACGAAAAAGUGGCCUGAAAGUCAUACCCAUCAAAUAUUGUGAUUUUUUAUAUAAUUCUUUUUUUUUUACUUUGAUUUGUACUCAACCAAGUCGUCAGCUCCCGCAUUGGUAAUAAAAAAGUUAUUAAUCUGCAAAUAUCGUGCUAAAGUAGAGAUUAUUAAAGACACCUACAAACAAGCUCUAAAUAUUUGCUCAACAUUUUAUUUAAUUUUGUUUGGUGCCAUCAAUGCGUUUAUAACGUGCAAUUUUGUCGCCUUGCAACAUUCUCUCUCUGCUGUUGUUGUCCACUGAAAGGUGCUUGUGGCGUCGGUGGCCUUAUUGGAGGGUUCGUGCAGAAUUUUUUACGCUCAGGUAGCAACAAAUCUGCAACAAUUUACAAAAUCAUCAAAGAGUAGCAAAAAUGACCAGCAUUGCCAUCAAUUCUGUAUCCGGGUUUCGCAUGCAACGCAACGACUGACUUUCGACGCAACCGCGGCGACGACAACGGCAACGACAACAACCUUUAACUAUUUUGUUACGUAUACGUCGUGUAUGGCCCGCGCGUCACCGCAACAGCUGACUGAGCAAUAAGUAAAGAACAUAACAGCUAGCUAGCAUCGUUUGCGUAAAAAAAAAUUACUAAUUACAAAUAUAAACAAAAUUCUAAUAUAAUAAAAAAGCUGGCAUCCAUGGCAACGGCAGUGAACAAGUUUUUGGUGUAAUCACUACAACAUUUGCAAAGCGUACGAAGAAAAUUAUAGCAAAUAAAAAAAAAAAACAAAAAUUGAGAAAAAUCUAAAUUAGCAGUGCUAAAACGCAAUUUUUGAGAAGGCCGAAAAAGACGCUCACCCCAUUAACAGUUUCAAAUUUAAUUUCUUCGCCGUCUACUAACUGUUGUUUACGCGCAUUCAACUUUGAGCCAAACAAACAAGCGAAUAAUAAAAAAAAAAAUUUAACAAAAAAAAAAAAAAAACGGAUUCGACAUACAUCUCCUUCAACGCCUCAGCAUAGCGCGGCAACCGUCGUCGGCCUUAAAUGUUCAUCAAAAAUAAUACAAUUUUGAAUAGCAGCAGUGGAGUUGGCGUUGGCGUUGGCAGCGGCAGCGGCAGUGGUAACGGCAGUCUUGGUGUUGAUAACAUCGUCGGUGGUGGUGGCAGUGAGAGUAUUGGGGCGAGCAGCGUGGCAGGCAGCAUUAGUAUCGCCAGUAGUAGCAGCGUCGGCGGCAGCAGCAUUAGUAUUGGUGGCGGAGGCGGUGGUGGCGGCGGCGGUAGUGCAGAGUUGCUCUAUCCGAGCAGCAGCAGCAGUAGUAGUUCGAGCACAAGUGGCCAAGCCAGUAGCGCUUGUAGUCAUAGCGGUAGUAGCAGUAGCGUCAGCGCAGGCAGUGCAGCGCCACUAAAUCCAACGCGUGCUUCUCGCAACGCCACACAGACUGACAACAAUAAUAGUAGCAGCGCCAAACGCGGCCUCAAUUUGAGCUUAUUACACAAUCACAGCAAUAGCUCAAGCGGCAGCAGCAACAGCAGCAACGGUAAUAACAACAAUCACAAUAGUCACAACAGCACCGGCGGCAGCAGUGGCCUUGGCUUGUUGGUUGGCAAUAGUGUUGGCGGCAUUGUUGGCAGUGGCCGACGUUUAAUUGGUGGUCUUGGUGGUAGUAUUUGGCGUUCGGCCACUUCGAAUACGUCUUCAUCAUCAUCAACGUCUGCAUCAUCCUCAGUUUCAGCUACCGCCUCUGCGCCGACAGCAAACGUAAACGCUCACUUAGCAGCUAGCGCAACUGCGUCCGUAUCUUCGAAUUCGACAUCGGCAUCAUCGCCAACAGCCUCGUACGCCAAUUCGACGGCCAGCAGUAGUGCUGUGGCAUUGACCAUUGCUGACGGUUUCACCAUAGCCGGCGGUAAUAAUUACUUUUUAAGUGGCAGUGCACCGGCGGCUGUAGCAGCAGCAGCAACUGCAGCAGCGAUUGUUUACAGCGCCGGCUGUGGUAGAGGUAAUAGUGGUAGCGGUAGCAGCAACAGCAGCAGCAGUAGCUAUUUGCGCGGCCAUACAAAAGCAUUAUUAUUGCAAACUGUUAACACAACAGCAGCAACAACGGGUAGCAGCGUGAGUGCAGUUGCUGGCGAGAGCAGCGCCAUCAUCAAAAUGGACGAAGAGGACUCGAUGGAUGAGGAAGUGCCACAAACAUUCCUCAGUUCAUCGGAUACGGAUGAUGAACCUAUAAAACAACUGCCAAAAGAAAUUCUUUUACGUAUUUUCUCCUAUUUGGAUGUGGUGUCUUUAUGCAGAUGUGCACAGGUCUGCAGAUAUUGGAAUGUGCUAGCCUUGGAUGGAUCAAGUUGGCAGAAGAUCAAUUUAUUUGAUUUUCAACGUGACAUCGAGGGUCCAGUUAUUGAAAAUAUAUCCCAACGAUGUGGGGGCUUUUUGAAAUUUCUUUCAUUGCGCGGCUGUCAAUCAGUUGUUGAUAAAUCAAUAAGAACAUUAGCGUUUCACUGCCCCAACAUAGAAAACUUGGACUUAUCCGAAUGCAAGAAGAUCACCGAUAUAUCGACACAGUCAAUAAGCAAAAACUGUGCAAGAUUAGCAGCAAUCAAUUUGCAAUCGUGCUCUAAUAUAACUGAUGAUAGCUUAAAAUAUGUAUCGGAUGGAUGUCCGAACUUACUUGAAAUCAACAUUUCUUGGUGUCAUUUAAUCUCAGAGAAUGGCGUUGAGGCCUUGGCGCGUGGCUGUAAAAGGCUGCGCAAAUUCUGCAGCAAAGGUUGUAAACAGGUCAACGACAAUGCCAUCACCUGCCUGGCCAGAUUCUGUCACGACCUAAUGGUGCUCAAUUUACAUAGCUGCGAGUCAGUCACCGAUGCCUCGAUACGACAGAUCGCAGCGAAUUGUCCUAAAAUGCAGAAGCUUUGCGUUUCGAAAUGUGCCGAACUCACUGAUCACUCGCUCAUGGCUCUCUCGCAGAACAAUCCGCUGCUGAACACACUCGAAGCAUCCGGCUGUCGUAACUUUACUGAUAUCGGUUUUCAGGCAUUGGGCAAGAAUUGCAAAUAUUUAGAACGCAUGGACUUGGAGGAGUGCAAUCAGAUAACAGACUCGACGCUGGCGCAUCUGGCUACAGGUUGUCCCAGUUUAGAGAAACUGACCUUGUCGCAUUGUGAGCUUAUCACAGACGAUGGCAUACGUCAGCUGGCGGCUGGUAGUUGUGCAGCUGAAAGUUUAUCCGUCCUCGAAUUGGAUAAUUGUCCAUUAAUCACCGAUCGUACAUUAGAGCAUUUAGUAUCUUGUCACAAUUUACAAAGAAUCGAGCUAUUUGACUGCCAAAUGAUAUCGAGAGCAGCAAUACGAAAAUUAAAGAAUCAUCUACCAAAUAUUAAGGUACACGCCUAUUUUGCACCAGUAACACCGCCACCAGUCACCACUGGACAUCGCCCACGGUAUUGUCGCUGUUGUGAGAUUCUCUGAGAUUCGGCCAUCGGCUUCGCCAGGAAAUUCUUGUGCAAGGGCCCUACUGACUGAUGUUUGUAUAUAUUUACUAGUACGUUUCUAAUUGUUCUGACGAUCAUUAUGACAUCGCUAACACUCAUGUAUCUCUUCUCAAUGAUUUACUAUGUUUUUUGAAAAUUAACUAAAAAUGCUAAAAUGGCAACAUACAACAAAAACAACAAGAAGAAGAACUAUAACAAGUAUCACAAUAAAAAAAGCAAAAACGCCACUAAAAUUGCAAGAAAGAUUUGUGUGCGAAAGGCAAAGGCAAAGCAAAAGCAAGCCAAGCAAAGACAAAACAAAGCAAAGCAAAGCAAAGCAAAAAAUGUAUUAACGAAAUGAAAAAUGUUAAAUAAAAAUUUGUAAACGAAAUUGAUGUAAUAAACGAAAGGCAAGGCUUGGAAAGAUAUAUACAUAUAUACACAAAAAAAAAACAAAAGCAAAGAAAUGUAAACAACGCAUUUAAAUGAAUGUGUGCGUAUUGAAUGCAGCAAUGAUUAGACGUAGAUAUACAUACAUACAAGUAAUUAAUUUAAAAAUAAUUGAAACAAACUCUCUUAGUUUGCAAGACAUGCCAACUUUGAAAAUCUGAUAAGGCAAAGGCAAAGGUAGGCGAAAUAUUUUGGAAAUGCGGAAAAGUUGGGGAUUUUAACGAAAUUCUAAAAUCAAAAUAUAAUGCACAAAGCGAAAUUAAAAUCGAAAAAGACUUAAACAUUUAAAGUGAAAACUCAAAUACAUACAUAUGUAUGUAGUUAAUUGAUAAUUGAUUGAAAUUUUAAGGUAAAAAUCAUUGGCUACUGACAAAAACCAACAACAAAACAAAAAAAAGAAGAAAUUAAGAAGCUUUGGCGUUUGACGCUUUCCAUUACUAAUUACAAUUUUACACAUUUAACUACAUACAAAUAUUUUUAUUUCUGCUGCGCAUACAAAAAUAAAAGUAGUGAGUAUUAGAAAAUAGAGCAAUAUUCCUUGAUUGAAAAUUGAGAAGCUAAAUGCGGUUGGAGUUGGUGAGGUGUAGGGAAAUGUUUGUGAUUUUAUGCGAUUUUGCCUGUAUUUAUACAUACAUAAAUAUAUCAUUUUGUGUUAUUUCUGUUUUUUUUUAUUAUAUUUUUUACACAUUUUCGUUACAUGUUUUAGUUUAAAGCGAAAUUUUAUGUACAUAACUACAUAUACAUACAUUUGAAUGUAAAGAGCUAAUGUUUAUAGGUUUUACAUAAAAAAAAUUGCGUAAAGGCACUAAUCCAUACAUACAUAUAUACAUACACAUAAGCAUACAUACAUACACAUAUUGAAAUUACAUAAAUUUGAAUCGCUCUUGCGAUGAGUAUGAGACAAAAUGUAUAUAUACAUAUAUACAUACAUACACAUACAUAUAACUAAAAUUUCAUACACAUUUGCAUAUAUCAUAUAUGUAGCACCCACAAACCUAUGUGAGAGUUUCGGGAAGGACUCAUUUAACUAAUUUAAUUUAGAAAUUAUCUUACUUACAGGGGGGUAUUUUGAAAAGUCCGUGCAAAAAUAAAAACUGCUUAAUUGUUUGGGUUAAAACUUUUUUAUUGUUCAACAUACUAGUCUCCUUUUAGGCUUAUACACUUCGUUCAACGCUGUUCUACAAUAGUUUCUUGAUCCCCUCCGAUUAAUCGGAUUUGUCCAAGUCUGAAAAAUAGCCAUUCGUUUCUGCAAACACUUCCAUAUUUGAAUAAAAUCUUAUUCCCGCCAGACAUUUCUGCAAAUUGGGGAACAAAUAGUAGUCCGAGGGAUAGGAGGGAAUCAAGCCUGGUAGGAUGUGAAACGAGUUGGAACCCUAUUUCCAUUAAUUGUGCGGCCACAACUGCUGAGGCGUGAGCUGGUGUGUUGUCGUGGUGGAAAAGGAAAAUCACUCGACUUCCUCGAUUUAAACGAAUGCCAAACACAAAUAAAUGGACCGAUCUCGCUGAAACUUGGUGUGUGUUCUUCCGAGAGAUGCUACUAACUAAGCAUAACCUCGAUACGCGCCAUGAGUGCCAUCUCUCUGACUUUGAAUGAACUUUUCAAACGACCCUCCUACGUUUAAACCGGUUUUUAGUUUUGUCAUAGUUUAUAAUUUUGUGUAGAUUUUCGUAUUAAAAAUUUACUUGAAAACCGGAAUAUAAUUUUUAGAAAUUUAAUAAUUUUUUAUAUAUUAAAAUAAAAGCAAAUACCUGAUGUUUAUGCUUAUACCAUAGUGCAAGGCGAAUCUAUUGAAGAUGGCACUAGACCAACAACAAUGUUUUGCACAUUAGAAUGUCACGGAAAAAAACGUGGGGUACUUUGAAAUUGAACGGCUAUUCGUCAUUUCGUUUUUGAUUUUUCAAAUUAAUUGAACUACUGCUAUCACCUUUAAUAGAAUCGCCUUGCCAUAGUGUAACAAUACAUACAUACAAAAUGGGCCAGCCAGUUUGAUGUACGCAUAUUUGAAGUUUCCGUAUUUUCAUUUCUGAUUUUAACUUUAUAUAUUAAAUAAAGUUCUGAGGGUUUCUUUAUUUUGUAUUAAUUGAGCUAAAUACAUUCCAAAUGAUUUUUGAUAAUAUGAGCUUUUCAAUUUAGAUUUUCGAACAUCACAGCAGUCGUUUAAUUUUGUUUUUUUACAAUUACUGUAUAACUGCCAAGUCUGCGUACUGAAAGCGAAUGCCAUUACUGCCUGGCAAAAUUUGUAUUAUUACACUAUGACUUAUGCCUAUGGGGAUCGCAACUGAUCUAAAUUUUACUAAAAGUAUAUAAGUUUAUUUUUUAUUUACAAAUCUGGACUUGGAAUAUUUCGCACGAGCUUAAAUUUGUUAAUUGUUCAAUUUCUAUGAGUAUGCUGCUAUUUGACUACCACUUUGGGUGUAACUUUAAUUUUCAAGCAGCUCAAAUCAAAGGCAGUUCCACUUGGUCUUUUAUUUGUAACAAGAGAUGAAUCCAUGUUUUUGAUUUAAUACAACCUUUUUAUGAACUCCAUAUGAAUGAUAAUUCUUCCCCAUGAAAAACUGCGCAAAUUUAUAUUCCUUCUUAUAGUGAAUUUUGCUUUGUUCGAAAAGUGCGUGAGAAUGUUUUCACAUGCAAAAUUCAUCUUGAGAAGAAAAAAUGUUACAUUUUCACAUAGAGUUCGCAUGUUUUUAAGAUUUUCACAAUUUACAUCAAAUUUUUCGUUAAAUAAGGGGUAACAUGUGGUUAUAAUAAUGUCUUUACUUAUAUCAAAUUUAAAUUUUUGAAAAAUUUAAAGAGUUGCAAACCAUUUUAAAUUAUUGUCGCAGAUAUCAUUGUGAUUAAAAUCAAGCACUUUCAAUCGUAAUUCUCUAUAUAUAUACAUAUAUGUAUAUCCUUUUUUUUUAUAAUAUUCACUUAUUUUCGACCGUUAGAGAUGGAUGAGUUGCUAUCAUAUAAUCGAAUGUUUUAUGGCUACAAUUAGCCCUUACGGCGCUGAAAAAAAAUUAUUAAGCCAUGAUUUAAUUUAUGACCUAAACAUACUCGCGAUCGGUUGAAAAUAAACUGUCCUGAACCGUGCAAUAAACCCUAAAGAUUAUACAUAUACGAGUAUAAAUCUAAAAAGAGAACUGAAGUGCAAAAAAAAAAUGAGGCCUUAUUCUCUUUUAACACUCGCGCUCGCGUUAAAAAUAAAACUCUCGCAUACCAAAUAAUAAAAUUUUAGAGCUUUAACGUAUUGCUAAUGGAGAGGCCGAAGAAAACUCGCCAUUGAGCGAAAACUAAAGCUCUCGCAGUUGGAAUCGCACGCGGAUGAUGGUGCAAAAAACAGGCCACGUGAAAAAUAAAACUCCAGGCAACUCUAAGCAUAAAAAAGCAGAGCUUAUAGUUAUUGCGCGAAUUCAAAUUAAAUUGAUUGAUUUUAUAAAUUUCCAAAAAACAAAAAAAAAAUUUCCAGAUUCUUUUAUGCUUUUAAAGCAACAACAAGCUAGAUCCAUGAUUCAAUAAUAAAAGGUUUGCUCAGUAAGCAGCUUUCUCAUUCCCUCUUGACAAAUCGGCUCCCUUAGCAAGACACUGGGUUGCUAGCUCUAGAAAUUUUGACUAAAAGUGGAGGAGAAGUAAAAUUUGUAGAAAAAACAUUUUAUUUUCAAAAUGGACUGCUUACGAGCAACAACUCGCUCAAGAGUUUUCAUCGGUAUGUUCAGGACUAUGGUAGUAUGACAUGGAAUACAUACCGCUUAAGUCAGGACAUGAUAGAGUAUUUGAUGCAAGCCGAGAUUGAGAUGGAGAAUUUACAAAGCUUUAUUUAUUAUGAUGUGGUGAUUUAAACGGAACUCAUGUUUUGCAAAGAGCUAGCGUUUGCUAAAGAGUUACAGCAGGGAGAAUUAUUGAAUAGUCCCGACGCAAUCGAUUACAUUGCAGACCUCAUUAUAAAAAAGUUGACAGAACUUGUUUCCAAUGAGCCCACCUUCCUAUGGAUGGAUGAAGUGUCCAGAGGAGGCUGUGCUUGUACCAGUAUGAAAGAGUUUCUCAUAAAAAACCAUCUACCGGAAUCGGCAUAAAACUGUAGGGCCUUCCAGUUGUGGAACGCGCGUUACAAAUAGGAGGAGGAUCUCUGCGAAACACCUACGUGCCAAUUAUUUAUUUAUUUUUAACAAAAUAGUUUCCUAUUGGCGAAACUUUGCGAUUGGUUUUAAAUUUAAAAAUUUAUUCACAAAAUAAAAACUUGGAUUAUGUGAAAUAAUUUCUUGUUUUAAUAUUAGACUCGGCAAUUUCCGCUAAUCUACCAUUAUUGACAUUCAAAUAUUAAUUAAAAUUUAUUUUUUAAAUCGUUCGCAGUUUGGAUUUAAUUUUUUCCUUUUUAUGCACCUUCUUAAAUACAACCUUUUGUAAGGGAGUGUCAAAAUUCGAAUGUUACUAGUGAGCAAACCUUUAAUAAUUGAUUCAUGAGCUAGAUCAUAUUUUGUAUUUUUCAUUUCUAGAUGUCGAAUUACAUAAAUAAUCAUCAAAUUGAUGAUUUUUAGAUAUAAUGAGUAAACUACUUGUAAAGAAAGCUACUUUCCAAAACGA